CACACACACACACUUCUUUUGUGGAGGAACAGUGCCUUCCCCUCCUAAAUCCUGUGAUGUCAUCUGAAGACAGGACUCCUCAGGAUUGGAGGAUCUCGACAUAAAUUUCCUGAAAACUCCCAACUCCUCUCUCUCCCUCUCUCUCUCUAUCUCUCUCUCUCCCUCCCUCCCUCCCUCCUCCCUCCAUCCCAACCCUGCACGUCCCUGAUUUCCUGCCUGAGAGAGAAGAGAAGCAGGAAAACGCGUUUUCCAGUCGGAUCUUGCAACUUUUUUGUACUUGAGACGCAAAUCACUAACUUUUCCCAAAGUCCCACGCGGCGGACCGCUACAUCACUUCAUCCCUUUGCUCCUGGAAGUCGCUCUCGAGGAAAAACAAAGCUCAGACCGGGACCAUGUUGUCCGUGAAGAAGAAAAUCCAGACGCUGCAGCUGCAGAUCGAUGAAGCGGAUGAUCGGGCCAAUGACGUGCAGAGGGAGCUGGACUCUGAGAAGAAAGAGCGUGACAAAGCCGAGGGCGAUGUGGCGUCUCUGAACCGCAGGAUCCAGCUGGUGGAGGAGGAGUUGGACCGUGCUCAGGAAAGACUGGCCACAGCCCUGCAGAAGCUGGAGGAGGCAGAGAAAGCUGCAGAUGAGAGCGAAAGAGGCAUGAAGGUGAUCGAAAACAGAGCCAUGAAAGACGAGGAGAAGAUGGAGAUCCAGGAGAUGCAACUCAAAGAGGCCAAGCACAUUGCUGAGGAGGCCGACCGCAAAUAUGAGGAGGUUGCUCGUAAACUGGUCAUCCUGGAGGGUGAGCUGGAGAGAGCAGAGGAGAGGGCGGAGAUCUCAGAACUGAAAUGUGGUGACCUGGAAGAGGAGCUCAAGAACGUCACCAACAACCUCAAAUCGCUAGAGGCUCAGUCUGACAAGUACUCUGAGAAAGAAGACAAAUAUGAGGAGGAGAUAAAAGUCCUCAGCGACAGACUCAAGGAGGCGGAAACCCGUGCAGAGUUUGCAGAAAGGACAGCGGCUAAACUGGAAAAGACCAUAGAUGACUUAGAAGAGAAACUAUCAUCUGCAAAAGAGGAGAACCUAGGAAUGCACCAAGUCCUGGACCAAACACUGCAGGAACUGAACAGCUUGUAAAAGGCCAUCAAGGACGUCAAGCAAUAAAAAAAAGCCUAUUUUCUACAUGCCAUCCAUUCCCUGUCAUUUUACUCUUAUUUCUGAUUGUUUAAACACAUGUACCCCUUUUUAUAUAUUUAUGUUUCCUUUGUGUCUUUUCUCUUUUUAAAAAAACGGUUUUGGGUCCAUCUGAUUUUAGUCUUGGUGCUGGACAUUGUGUUAGACCAAACUCUGAGCACAAAUAAAGCUGAUGACAAUGA